AUGGAUCUACUUCAAUCCUUGAAGAGAGAUGCCAAGAAGAUCCGGAAAAGAAAGACCCCAGCAAUAAGCCUGUGGACCCGCCAGGAAAACCCCCUGAAGUCAAGACAUAACCCAGAUCUACACCCUGCAAUGACCAAGGAGAUGAUCAACUUAUUCCGACAAAAGGGAAACGACUACCAAACCUGGAUCAAUGACCCAGACGACACCAACUGCCAAAGGCAAUGUACCGUUUCGCCAUCCACACUAAAAUUGAACGAGCUGAUACAACCCUCCGACGACAGGAAUCGAUGGGACGCAUACUUUAAUGCGUGGGUAGACGCACCCGAGGAAAUCGGGGACCCUCGUCCACUCAAUCUUCCCAUUGGAAUGGAUUACCACCAGUUAUAUCUUCGCAAACUUGGAAUCGAGAAAGACGGUUCUGUGGCUUGGAACAAGUACCACGGACGUGUGGUACAUACUGCGAUCUUCGCUGACAACAAUGUCAGACUUGAUGGUCCUCAAUGA